AUGGAAAAACCAAAACGAACAAAUCGUCGGGUAAAUUUGUCUAAAAACUAUCGUUUAGUUGUCAAGUAUUUUAUUCCUUUGGGAAAUGAAAAGAUACCUGUUUGUGAAAAAGCAUUUUCUGAUAUAACAUGUAUGACUAGAAGAAGAUUAAAUAUAUUGUCAAAUGGUUUCAGAAAAACACAUUCAAGUCCAAAAGAAAAAAUAGGUGGUGCUCGUAUCACACCAAUGGAUACAUCUACAACUGUAUCCAUUACUAAUCACAUUCAGCAAUUUAAGGCCAAAAAAAGUCACUAUUCUCGUAAAGAUUCAGAUCAAUGUUACUUGCAGCCAAAUCUUUCCCUUAAUAAAAUGUAUCUUCUUUAG